UGCUGGCGGACUCGGCGGCUCUUUCUGCUCGGCUCCUCUCCCUCAUAUCUGAGGGGAGCGGGUUCUUUUCUCUACGGCUUAGUGAUGCUGGGAUAGAGGAGGGAGGGGACAGGGUCUUUCCGGGUUGUCUCCUUCCUUGACCCUCGCCCGGGUCCCGGCCCAGCUGGCUCCUGGGGGCGGGCUAGGCCUCGUCAGGGCUGGGGGCUUUGUGCUCCGUGAGGGGCCUCCCCUCGCUCUGCGGCCUGUGAGCAGCCUCUGCUUGGACUGCGAUUGCGCUGCGGGUCCCUGCCGUGCUCCAUUUCUGGGGUGCCUCUUGGUCCUCCAGGGUGCAUCACCUCAGAAAGAGCUCCCCGGAUCCGUGGCUCUGCUUAUGGGCUGCCCGGCCUUCUUUCUGCUUCUCUGUAGGGUGCAAAAGCAGCUAGGGAAGUCGUUAAUACAGCCCUCGGUUGGUGAGAGGAGAAUAUAAAAGGAGUGAGUCCUGUUACGCAGUGUAGCAAUAAGCAGGAAAACUGAGGCAUGUAGUAUCAGAGGCUUGGCUAAAGUGCAAGAUCAAAAACUGCUAUCCAUCUCAAGAUGGAAGAACCAGUGCUUGAGAAACUGCCAUCUUUGUGCCAUACUCCAAAGGAUUCUGGGACAGCAGCUCCACCGGGGACUAGUUCAGGGAAACAGCCAAUGAGUGCAGCUCUGAGGGAGCGAUUAAGGAAAACAAGACGCUCAUUUAAUGCUAAUUUUACAGUGGCAAAGCGGCUCAAAAUAGAUGCUGAAGAAAAAGACUGUGCUGAUGCUGACAAAGGGUGCUUGCCAAAGACAAGUACAGAUUGUUCCAGAUUACAAGGUGGUUCUGAAAAUCUAGAAAGAAAUGGCACUGGACAUACAUGUUUCAAAAGUCGCUUACAGGAGAGUGGUCUCUGUGGAUCAGCAGAGAAUUCUGAUGUGCUACAGGUUGAUCUUAGUCAGCAACAGUCCCUGGAAGAAAAAGUAAGGCUGGUGAAACAAGUGCAAGAGAAGGAAGAGCUACUUCGAAGGCUCAAACUGGUUAAGAUGUAUCGAUCUAAGAACAACCUGUCUGAACUGCAGGCUUUAAUAGUGAAAUGGAGAAAUAGUACCCAGCUGAUGCUGUAUGAACUACAGUCAGCCUUUUCUGCAGAUGGCAAGAAAGUGAGUCUCACUCAGCUGAUAGAUACUUUUGGAUUAGAAGACCAGUUACUGCACUACAGCAGAACAGAAGAAGAUUUUGUUGAUGCAUAAUCUACAGGUGCAAAGCUUUCAAUUACACAUAUGCAAAAGCAGAAAAUACUGAAUGAAUUCUGAUCACAUAAGAAGUGUUGAUCAGACAGUGGACUUUAUACUUUGAGGUUAGGUUUUCUCAGGAGAUACUUGUAAAGCUAUGUACCUAGAUACAGUAGGCACUGUAAAAGGCAUUACUUAAUGGAAAAGAUUGAACUCAUGCUGUUUUGGAAAACCUGGCUUAAUAACUUGAUCAGUGAAUUGUUAUUUAAUAAAAAUAUGAUGAAAUCAAGUCAUACUUGAGCAGGUGGAAGGCAGUCCAUUCUUUGAUUAGUCUUUGCAUGGUUACUUGUCUUGAAAUAACGAACUCUAAUUGUUUCUGUUGAUGUUCAGAUGGGGAAGGGUUCAGUUCU